AUGGGCUCGGCCCAUAGAGCGGUUGACCCUUCCAUGCACUCUGGCCAGGCUUUUAGUCUGUCAGUCUGUCACGCUCUCCAAGAGUGGUUUGAGGCGGAUGAUCUCCGCCGCAUUACCUUCGUCUAUGUCCCAUCCACUUUGCGGUGGGAUAUCCAUGGUGAAGCACACAAGUACGUCACCGAACUUAAAGUCAGGGUUGGGCGUUGCAAGACGGACAAUUCCAUCGACGCGCUACGCUCUCGAGCUGCGCACUCAGUCCUGGAUUCGUGGAGCUCCACUUUCCAGGAUCCAACCUACCGAGGCUCUGAAUUCCUAGAGCUUCAACAGCCUGACGGGCGGCCGCUACAGCCAUCGUACCUCAAUGGGGGACCUUGGCUUUCAACCUUCGGACACAGUAUCACUGAGUUCGCCCGCGUUUGCUGGUGUAUAACUGGCCACACGCCCAUUGGAGCAUAUUACCGUCGCUUCAAGAUCAACGAGCCUCAUGGCUGCACUUGCGGGGCUGCUCUGCAGUCCCGUCAGCAUAUUCUCUUUUGCUGUCGCAAUUGCUACUCUGUGCAUUCCCCCCGCUUUCUUGGGGAUAUUGCAUCUUUUAUGAAGUACAACCCCACGGUGUUUGGCUUCAACCGGGACCCUUCGGGUGUCGGAUAA